AUGGCCGCCUCACCCUUCCCCAAGUCGACGCCCACCGCCGGCGGCGGCCGCAUCGUCGCCGGGCCGCUCCCCUCUGGCGGCACCGGGCUCGAGGUCAUGCGGUACCAGUACCCGCUGAAGCUGAUCGCGCCCUCGCCCUCCAGCGACCAGCGCAGCGUCCUCGUCUUCCUGCUCUCCUACGGCGGCGGGCUCGUCGGGGGGGACUCCGUCGACCUCGCCGUGCGCGUCCGCGCCGGCGCCCGCCUCAGCCUCGUCACCCAGGGCCACACCAAGGUCUUCAAGUCGCCCUCGCCCGCCGUGCUGACCAGCCAGGCCAUGCGCGUCGACCUCGACGGCGCCGGCGCCGCCCUCUGCCUCCUGCCGGACCCCGUCCAGCCCUUCGCGGACAGCGUCUACGCGCAGACGCAGGUUUUUCGGCUGCGGCCCGACUCAUCGCUCUGCCUGCUCGACUGGGUCACGCGCGGGCGCACCGCGCGCGGCGAGGACUGGAGCCUCUUCCAGUGGACGGGCCGCAACGAGGUCUGGCUUCAGGGGGGGGGUGACGGCGGUGGCGAGGGGGACAGGCUGCUGGUGCGGGACAAGGUCAUCCUGGCCGGCGACGGCGGCGCGUCGGGCGACGGGCCUCUGCGCGGGGUGAUGCGCGGCAUGGGCGUCUUCGGCACGCUUGUCCUGCGCGGCGAGCUGAUGCGGCCGCUGGGCGAGUUCUUCCUCGCCGAGUUCGCGGCGCUCCCACGGCUGGGAUCGAGGGACUUUCGCACGGCAGAGGCCCGCAGGGAGGAGGACGACAAGAUGACGGAGCUGGAGCGGUGGCGUGCCGACCGGAUCGACAUGGAGACGGAGGAGGGGGUGUUGUGGUCGGCGGCGAGCGUGCGCGGGUGCGUCGUGGUUAAGUUUGCGGCUCCGGAGGUGGAGGCGGGCCGAGAAUGGAUAGGGUCGAUGCUCUUGAGAGAGGGCAGCAUCGAGGCCAAUUUCGGAGCGGAUGCCUUGAUGUGUGUUCGAUAG